UUUUUAUUAGGAAAAUAGUUUAUUUGAAGCUCUUUUUUCCAAUAAACAUUCAUUUGUGUAAGCACGAUCGCGUCCUGUUACGGUUGAAGAGAACAAUAGAGUCAAUGACCGCACGAUCGCGUGUACUGACCACACUAUUGUGUGUAACCACAACAAAAGCUUAGCAACCUCUCUCCUCGUCGUCGUCGCACAGUUGACCCGUGCACCAACACUCGUAGCAUGAACCGAUAAUGAUGAUAUUGGUGUUGUGCCUGACGAUCUUGAAGAGAAAGUGACCAAAUUUUGCUGAUCCACUUUGAUCGUGUUUUUGUGUUGUGUUCGAUCACUACUGACCAGAACAAUAGAAGUUGUGAUUGUAUGUGAACUCCGCAUUUAUAUUGGUGAUUUAGAUCAAAGUUAUCCCUCUAAAUCGGCCAUCAUCGUGUCGCAGAAGAAGAAAAAUAAACCCGUUCUAUUGAAGAUCGUGUCGUGAUCGAGUGAGGGUUCUUUUACAUAUUUUUUGUACCACAUUUACGUGGGUGUUGUGUGAGUGUGGUGCUCAACGACCAGCAAAGGAAGAAGAGUGGCCCAGUCUGUGUGAAUUAUUCAAAUCCGGUGUAAACAUCGUCCAAAAUUUGCAUAAUAUUCAAUGAGUUUGUAGGCGACAACAAAAAAGUUGUGCCAGAGUGAGAAACUAUCGGGUCGGAAAGGUGUAAAUUGAGGGCUUUCAGUUCAGAUAAAACAGAACCGGGAUUACACGAAGAGAUCAAGUUUCAGCUGUGAAAGCUUUUUGAAAGUAUUAAUUUGUUGAUUCAAGUGUUACGUGUUAAGCCUACAAAUUUAAAGAGUGAUUAUUGGAUAACCUGUUGGAGCGACAACUGCUUUUGGUGUGUGUGUGUGCGUGACCAGUGAAGGUGUGCAAUCGGAUUAUCUGUUGACCGGCGAAACUUUGGCUUCCGACAACAACCGUGACGUCAAUUGAACAGAGAAGAACACCAACAGCACCAACUAGUAGCGUGUCCAACUAGAACUUCCUUAUUUGAGGCAGUCGGACGCGGGCCCGACGCCGCAAACUCAUCCAGGGUGGAGAGAAAACUGAAGAGCGGCAAGAUGGCCAGCACGGGCGAUAUCUGGCUGCAGUGGUUCUCGUGCUGUUUCCACCAGCCGCAGAGCCCGCGGCGAAGGCGCCACCACCAGCGGCUGCGGAUAGACCGGUCUAUGAUCGGCAACCCCACCAACUUUGUGCACACAGGCCACAUCGGAUCCAACGACGUCGAGCUGACAACGAACCACCUUUCGGCGAUACAGAACCAGAUGCAGAGUAAAGGGGGCUACGAAAUGAACUCGCUGAGACUGCAGGCCUGCUGAUAAGCGACGCCGUCCGUUAAUUUAUUAUACACUGUAGUUUGUAAGGUGAUUAAUAUUAAACAUCGCAGUUGGGGCGGUUUUUUGACGAGGCAGCAGCAGCGGAGAAUCGUUUAGUUUUAGCCACUAACAAAAAUCAGAAGACGAAAAAACUGUAAUUAUUAAUUAAGAGUGCGAGCUUCCGAACUGGAGAAAAGUGAAGAAGCGUUUUCGGUAGAGCUCCAACAAAUUCGAUGAUUGCUGGUUAGUGUUAAGAUUGUGUUUUAAAGAAGCCGAUUUGCGCGCAGCUGCGAGUGAGAAAGUAUGAUAAAGCUAACAUGCGUAGUUUGCGCGUUAAGACGAGUUCCAAUCAAAAACUAAUCCGUUGAUGGUGCUUCACUAAUUAAUGAUCUAAAUAAAACAGAACGAUUGCAAAGAGCCUGAAACAAAUCGAGCUAGCACGUGUUUGAUGAGUGAAAUGCGUGCGUUUGAAAGUGUACAUUACUUGUAAAUAUAUGGUUCCUCUUUAACAAAAAAAAUACGUUUAAGUUUAUUAAAAUUCGUUCAAAACACUGCCUUCCCUCAGAUUGUAACGACUUUUAACAAAAAUAUCAAAUAAUGUUCAUGAGUAUGCCUUAACUAACUGAUAGAAAUGUAAAAACAACAACAACUGCAGGGUUGUUACGGACGGCGCGGG